AUUCUUACUUUCUUAGACAGCAGAUAUUUAAUAUAUCGAUAAUGCUGAAUACAAUAUAGAUAUUAUAACAAUACAAGGGUGCCUGACCAAUCAUCAUAUUCAACCUUAUAUCAAUUUUACAUUAGACCUGCUUGUUAAAAAUUCAACAUUAUUAAGCUGGUAGUAUACGAUGUGCCGAAAACAUUUGUUAAAAUACAUUAAAAACUUCCUCAUGAUGCAUGAAUGUUCGGAGUAUACUUGGAAAGUUGUAGUUACGCAAUAUUAUCAAUUUAAGUAGGAAACCUCACAGGAAGUGUACAAUCUUUCCAUACACUUAUGAAGUAGUUAGUAGGAGAUGCAUCCUGCUUUCACCAGUUGUGACUGUUCGAUAAAACAUAUCUGAAAUUGUGAGAGAUGUAAGCUGUAUAUGACCGGCCUACCACACUUUCAACAUGACCGAGACUAACUUCAAGGCGGCCUUACUGGCUGGAGCAUCAGCUGGUGUGUCUGUAGAUCUGUCGCUGUUUCCAUUGGAUACCGUCAAGACCCGCCUACAGAGUCCACAAGGUUUCUGGAAGGCUGGUGGAUUCCGAGGAAUUUACUCCGGCCUACUUCCCGUAGUGAUUGGAUCAGCACCUACAGCUGCUCUGUUUUUCUGUACAUAUGAGCUGACAAAGACAGUGAUACAAAAUUCUCUAGGUGAGAAUUGGGCAACAGCAUCACAUAUGAUGGGGGCCUCAUUAGGGGAAGUGUCAGCCUGCUUUCUUCGAGUUCCAGUGGAGGUUGUGAAACAGAGAGCUCAAGCUAACUCAAACCUGACAUCACGAUCAAUACUUGUGUCAGUCCUCAAACAGGAGGGAUUUCUAGGGUUGUACCGCGGCUACUUCAGUACUGUGAUCAGGGAAAUGCCGUUCUCUUUCAUACAGUUCCCCAUAUGGGAACAUCUCAAGAUGCGAUGGUCGUCCUACCAGGGUAAACCUGUAGACCCGUGGCAGUCUGCAAUGUGUGGAGCUGUGUCAGGUUGUAUAGGAGCAGGAGUGACCACACCCCUUGAUGUGGCUAAGACAAGGAUCAUGUUGGCAAAAACGGGAACUCCACUUGCUACAGGCAAUAUUCAUUUUGCUCUAAAAACAAUUUACGCAGAAAGAGGUCCCAAAGGUCUGUUUGCGGGGUUGUUACCGAGAGUGAUGUGGAUUUCCAUAGGUGGCGCUGUGUUUUUGGGGGUGUAUGACAAGGUCAAGGUCACAAUAAUUGACCUCUGUGAAGAAAGAUAACCAUGGCUUAAGUUUAAUUUUUGGUUUUAAGAUACUCAUUAAAUAGAAUGUUAUAAUUGAAUUUUAUGUAAUAUCAAAAAUCAUUAUUCCAAUAAAAAGAUUGUACUGAAUGUAUUUAGGAUAUGAUAAAAACUCAUAUUUGUAACACACACUAUCAUAUGUUAAGUCUCUGAAAUCAUCCGAACUGGUGAAAAAAUCAACCUACAGAACUGUGAGUUCAAGAUUUAUGAGAACCAUAUAGUCACAGAUCAAAUAUGUUAGAAUUAGAAUAAACAGAACCAGGUGAGGAAUUAUUCAAGGAUCUUGUAUCUCUUGUUACUUUUACCAGGUAAUGCUGUGUAUAAAAAUCCAUUCCAGACAGCAUUCACAACUUUUCUUAAGUAAAGAAGAAUUUAUGUUGCCAUAUCCAGCAUAAAUAUUAUACUAAGGUAUUAUUGAUAAGGGAUUGAACAGGUAAACAGUUCAACCUUUCAGCGAGUGUCUGGACAAAGGGAGAUAACUUAAAAGGAGCAAAGCACCUUGCCUCAUAUUCAGAAGAGAAUUAUUUGAGAAGUUGACUAUUGAAUGUAAACUUUAUUUAUUUUAUAACAAUUAUGAAACAAGUUAGUUCCACUUAUAUUAAUCAUUCUUGUUGGCCCAGAUGUUAGCAUGUGAGGGGUUUUCAAUGUAGGAGGAAAUGAGUAACAAGAGAAAACCCACCUUUUCACAUCCGAUCGGGGAAUCAAAACUUACCUGCCUUGGUGAAAGGCAAGUGGACUAUCAACUGCGCCACCUGACUGUUGACUAUUGGAAAUCACCAUUGAAGGUUAAAAAAGCUAAGAACAAUAACAGCUUUGUUACAUGGUAUUUUGGGUAACAAUAUAAGAUGGUAUAGCUAUCAUCGAUUUCUUAUUUCCAGUGUCCUCUGGAAUUAUAAAAUGCAGUUUCUUUGCCCUUCAGAGUCCUAAAAUGUGGCCUUUCACACUGUACUGUAUUAGCUGCCUAUCUACCAUGUAGCUAAUAAUGAUCUCAUGGAAUAUCCUGUACAAUAGCCUGAGUUUCCUCUGGCCCCGACACCAGACAGACAUUUUGACAGAUACAUGUCUGGUACCUAGCCUAAGUUUCCUCUGGCCCUGACACCAGACUUAGACAUUUUGACAGAUUCAUGUCUGGUACCUAGCCUAAGUUUCCUCUGGCCCUGACACCAGACUUAGACAUUUUGACAGAUUCAUGUCUGGUACCUAGCCUGAGUUUCCUC